UCGAGCUUGGAAGCGUAAGGCAGGUCAGAUCUAUUUUCCUUCUUAUUAUCUCGUCACAUACUCUCUUCGUAACAUACUUUCCACUAUUCGUCUCAUAUGCCAACCAUGGUCGACCAAGCGGACCCGGUCGAACAUGAAUCGUGGUCGUUUCAGCUUAGUUUCUUUGAGAACCUCAUUGUCAGCUUCUUCAAGUUUGUCAACAAGCACAUCGAAUGGCAUAAGCUUCCCACCUUGCUCGGCGUUGCAAACCUCUUAGCCUUCCGAUAUGAGUUGCGAGCGAAGAAUCUCUACGAUGGGUAUGCAUCGAAGGCUCCACAAGGAACCCUGGCCGCGGAGCCAUUGAAAGAUAAGCGCUUUCUCGAGGCGCGCAGCUCAGAUGGCGAUUACAACUCGCUGGAGAUGCCGAAGAUGGGCUGCGCGGGCAUGCGCUUUGGCCGCAACAUCCCACGAUCAUGCGCCAAGAAGCCAUCUGAACAAGAAAUGAUGACGCCCAACCCAAGGCUGAUCAGUGAUACUCUUAUGAAGCGGACGGAGCCGGAUGGUUUCAAGCCCGCCACCACGCUGAACCUGCUAGCUGCUGCAUGGAUCCAAUUCCAAGUCCACGACUGGUUCUUCCACGAACAGCAAACCGAGAAUGACUAUCAAGUCCCUCUCCCGCCGGGCGACGACUGGCCAAGCAAAGAUGGCACGAUGGCGUUGCCCAAAUCCCAGCCCGACGUCACCCUGGACGCUUCCGAUGUGGCUUGCCCUGGCUAUAAGAACAUGUGCACACCCUGGUGGGACGCUUCACAGCUAUACGGCGAAAGCGAGAUAGUCACCUCAUCUCUACGUUCCAAGCAUCCAGACGGCAAACUCGAACUCACACAAGACAAGAAAGAGUCCUUCCUGCCUCGAGAUCCGAAGACUGGUCUCCCAUUGACCGGCUUCAACAACAAUUGGUGGAUUGGCCUCGAACUCCUCCACACCCUCUUCGCCCUCGAGCACAACGCCGUCUGCGACCUCCUCCGCGCCGCCCACCCAACCUGGACCUCCGACCAAAUCUUCGACAAAGCCCGCCUCGUCAUCUCCUGCCUCAUGGCCAAAAUCCACACCGUCGAAUGGACCCCCGCCAUCCUCGCCCACCCCGCGCUUCAAGUCGCCAUGAACACCAAUUGGUGGGGUCUGGUCGGCGAGAAACUAACCAAACUCCUCGGUCGUCUCAGUACGGAUGAUGUGGUAAGCGGCAUCCCGGGGUCGGGGGUGGACCAGGACGGCGUGCCGUAUAGUUUGACGGAGGAGUUUGUGAGUGUCUAUCGAAUGCACACUCUCAUCCCGGACAACAUCGCCUUCUUCAACGCCACCACGGGUUCGCACGAGCGGACCACGCCAUUCGAGGAUGUUGUCUUCGCCAAAGCCCGCGAUCCUCUCGACAGCGGGGUCAGUUUCGCCGACGCGUUCUACUCCUUCGGGAUCAACUACCCGGGCGCAAUCACCCACAACAACUACGGCGCCUUCCUCCGCGGACCCAUGGAUGCGGGCGAUGGCGUGUUGCGGGAUAUGGCUACCGUUGAUAUCCUGCGGGACCGCGAACGCGGGAUCCCACGGUAUUGCGAAAUGAGGCGGUUGCUGCACAUGACUGCACCCAAAAGCUUCCUCGAGCUGACGGGGGGUGAUGAGGCGCUGGCGAAGAAAGUGGAAGAGGUAUACGAGGGGGAUGUGGAGAAAGUGGAUUUGCUGAUCGGAUGUCAUUGUGAACCGCUCCCCAAGGGGUUUGGGUUCUCGGACACGGCGUUCCGGGUGUUCAUCUUAAUGGCGAGUCGCCGGCUCAAAAGCGACCGCUUCAUCGCCAACCAAUUCGACAAAGAAACGUAUACGGCUGAAGGACUGCACUGGGUGCAGAAUACCACUAUGAAGGAUGUCCUGAUCAGACACUUCCCCGAACUAGCCCCAACGCUGAAGCAUCAGAAAAACGUCUUCGCGCCCUGGCCGCAGAAGGAGGCGAGUAAGACGUACAAAGGGCCUGAGACGAAUGCGCCUGCGCCUGCGCCCACGCUUGUUGCGGGCAAGAAGUAGCAGGUCCAGCUGCGCGACGCCGGUGUGAGUGGAGAAUGGAAGACGUGGGAGCGGUUAUUGGUCAAUACCUGGUUGCUCAAUUUCCAUCUUAACAAAGGGGAUGACUUUAGGCGAUUAAAUGGAAAAAUAAAAGGCAGUACAUGCUACAUGGACGCUCGAGUAACGUAGUAGGAACAUCGCCGAAAGACAGCGAGAGAGGAACAGUGUCCCCCUGGAGAGCUCAUUCCUGACCGCAUCAGCACUCUGAUUGAGUCUCGCC